AUGUCUACUCAACAGACGGUUCUCACCUCGCCAGAUGGCACGGAGAUAUGGGCCCAGGAAGCGGGAGAUCGCACGAAACCCGCCAUUAUUUUCAUUCACGGGCUCGCUUGCACGGCCAUAGGGUUCAACGCGCAGUUCUCCGACCCAGGCCUGCUCAGCAGUGCGCAUCUGGUGAGGUAUGAGCUGCGCGGGCAUGGACGCAGCGGCAAGCCAGAAUACCCUGAGGCCUAUAGCGCCAUCCGACAUGCCGAAGACUUCCGUACUGUGUGCGAAGCAUUCGGCGUGGUGAAGCCAAUUGUAGUCGGUUGGAGUCUCGGAGGUAGCAUUCCAGUGGACGUCGUCCGGUAUUAUGGGGCGGACUACAUCGCAGGCAUCGUCUACGUCGGCGGCCCCGUCUUAUCACUCAAUCUCAACAAAGAAUGCUUUCACCCCGCUCUUCUCACUCUAUUCCCGGACCUGAUCUCUCCGGACGCGCAAGUCACAGCCAAGGCUGCAGUGGCGUUCGUCGACUCGUGCUUCGCGGACCCUGCCUCCCUCAGCUUCGAGACCAAGUUGGCCUUCGUCGGGGGCUUUGGCAUGCAGCCGCCUAUCGUCCGCGAAUACUGGGUCACGCGCGAGCAGGACGACCGUGUUUGGCGCGAGAGCGCUCGGGGGAUCCCCGUUCUCAUUGUGCAGGGAACAGCGGACACGCAUUGUUUAUAUGAGAGGAUGAUUGCGCAGGCGAAGGAGAUCUACGUGGACGUGGAGGUGAAGUUGUUGCAGGGAAUAGGGCAUACUCCACAGGUUGAAGCACCGGAGGAGACGAACCGGUACCUCCUCGAUUUCAUACGGCACAUAUCGACGUGA